AUUCUAACAACCGAGGGUGGUGUGAGGCAGAGAGGCUUUCUACGGGGUGGGUUGGGCGCCACACCUUCCGCGCCCCGGGGCCCAAGGAGACGAUCCUGAAGAGGAGCCUGGCUACUUUUGCCUCAGACGAGUCCGGAGCGCCGGGUUAACCGGUCUGAAGUCCCAGGGGCUUUCUGGGACUGCUCAGCCACCGGCAGCUUCCGGCACCAGGGGACGCCGGACACCGUCCGGACAUUUGGCGCGCUUGCCACGAUCUUGGACGGGUCUCGGGCCUCGACCUUUGAAUUCCCCGCUCCGGCUCCGAGAUGUCAGCAACGCUGAUCCUGGAGCCCCCAGGCCGCUGCUGCUGGAACGAGCCGGUGCGCAUUGCCGUGCGCGGCCUGGCCCCGGAGCAGCGGGUCACGCUGCGCGCGUCCCUGCGCGACGAGAAGGGCGCGCUCUUCCGGGCCCACGCGCGCUACUGCGCCGACGCCCGCGGCGAGCUGGACCUGGAGCGCGCACCCGCGCUGGGCGGCAGCUUCGCGGGACUCGAGCCCAUGGGGCUGCUCUGGGCCCUGGAACCCGAGAAGCCUUUUUGGCGCUUCCUGAAGCGGGACGUACAGAUUCCUUUUGUCGUGGAGUUGGAGGUGCUGGACGGCCACGACCCCGAGCCUGGACGGCUGCUGUGCCAGGCGCAGCACGAGCGCCACUUCCUCCCGCCAGGGGUGCGGCGCCAGUCGGUGCGAGCGGGCCGGGUGCGCGCCACGCUCUUCCUGCCGCCAGGACCUGGACCCUUCCCAGGGAUCAUUGACAUCUUUGGUAUUGGAGGGGGCCUCUUGGAAUAUCGAGCCAGCCUCCUUGCUGGCCAUGGCUUUGCCACGUUGGCUCUAGCUUAUUAUAACUUUGAAGAUCUCCCCAAUAACAUGGACAACAUAUCCCUGGAGUACUUCGAAGAAGCCGUAUGCUACAUGCUUCAACAUCCCCAGGUAAAAGGCCCAGGCAUUGGGCUUUUGGGCAUUUCUCUAGGAGCUGAUAUUUGUCUCUCAAUGGCCUCAUUCUUGAAGAAUGUCUCAGCCACAGUUUCCAUCAAUGGAUCUGGGAUCAGUGGGAACACAGCCAUCAACUAUAAGCACAGUAGCAUUCCACCAUUGGGCUAUGACCUGAGGAGAAUCAAGGUAGCUUUCUCAGGCCUCGUGGACAUCGUGGAUAUAAGGAAUGCUCUUGUAGGAGGGUACAAGAACCCCAGCAUGAUUCCAAUAGAGAAGGCCCAGGGGCCCAUCCUGCUCAUUGUUGGUCAGGAUGACCAUAACUGGAGAAGUGAGUUGUAUGCCCAAACAGUCUCUGAACGGUUACAGGCCCAUGGAAAGGAAAAACCCCAGAUCAUCUGUUACCCUGGGACUGGGCAUUACAUCGAGCCUCCUUACUUCCCCCUGUGCCCAGCUUCCCUUCACAGAUUACUGAACAAACAUGUUAUAUGGGGUGGGGAACCCAGGGCUCAUUCUAAGGCCCAGGUAGAUGCCUGGAAGCAAAUUCUAGCCUUCUUCUGCAAACACCUGGGAGGUACCCAGAAAACAGCUGUCCCUAAAUUGUAAUGCAUUUGUCUGUUGUUGACAUGAGAGAUUCAGGAUCAGAUUCUAGUGUUCAAUAACCCUAUGUGAAUCAGAUGUCUCCUGGAUAACAUUAAAGCCAUGUCUUUGUCAUUAA